AUGGGCGGCUGCCUCCUGGCUCAGCCUCCACGGUCAGCCCCAGCGGGGGCACGGAAAACAAGAGAGCCUCGGGCGGCGGUCCGGUGGAGGAAGAAAGAGGACCCCAACGCCCAUGCGCUGGGCAAGUUGACGCAGCCUCAUGGCUGGGCACAAUUUCGUAAGCGGAAGGCUGAUAAGCAAAAGAAGAAAGAAAGCAAAAAGCACGAGAAAAGCAGUCAACAUUUGACGAAUGUUCAAACAUGGAAGGAACUUGAACUGCGAUUGAAAUACAAGAGAACAAUUGAUGAAGAACAUUUGCGUUUGAUUAAGCAAGAAGAAAAGCAUUGGCAGCAAAUACUAAAACAUCUGAUUGCUUUGGUCAGAGUUCUUGGUAUGCAAAACCUGGCCUUUUGGGGAACACAUGAAAAACCGCACACUUCUGGUAAUGGGAACUUCCUCAAAUUUGUUGAAUAUCUAGCUUUGUUUGACCUGCUUAUGGAUGAGCAUCUUUGCAGGAUUAAGGACAAGGAGAUGCAUGUACAUUACCUAGGGAAAGACAUACAGAAUGAGCUUAUUCAUCCUCUAUCCAAUGCCAUCAAACAAAAAAUCCUACAUCUGCGUGCUGCAAAAUACUUUUUGAUCAUUCUAGAUUGUAUACCAGAUGCAGGCCACGUUGAACAAAUAACCAUGAUCAUUCGGUUUGUGGACAGGCCUACUUCAGAGACCGAGAAUGAGACUGAAUCAGUACGCAUAAAGGAACACUUCUCGGGAUUUGUGUCACUUAUGGAGACAACUGGAGCUGGUAUGACAGAAACUAUUCUUCACCAGUUAGAAGAGAUGUCACUGGCUAUAGAAAACUUGCGUGGUCAAGGCUACGACAAUGGGAGCAAUAUGAAAGGGAAAGAAAAUGGUCUUGGUGACAUCUAUGAUGCUCUGAUAGACAUCUAUGAAGACACUACUCUGACAGGAUCAUCUGGCAAUAUGUCACAAGUUGAUGCAAAGGCUCUUACAAAAGCCAUUUCUAGUUUCAAGUUUCUUGUUUCUCUUGUUUUGUGGUAUAACAUAUUGUUUGAGAUCAACAUGACUAGCAAACAACUUCAGGCAAAAGAAUUCGACAUAUGUGAUGCCAUUAAUCUACUCGGAGAAACCAAGAAGUUUCUUGUGGGCCGCAGAAGUGACUCAGCCUUUGAGAAAACAUUGGUAGAUGCAGGUAAACUUGCGGAAGAGUUGGAUGUACCGGCACUUUUUGAACCAGAUCCAAUCCGUAUUAGAAAGAAGAGGAAGCAGUUCAUAUAUGAAACAGAUGACGAACCUAUUUAUAAUCCGAAAGAAAAAUUCAAAAUGAACUUUUACUUUGCAGUCAUUGACACAGCAAUACAUUUGGUUGAAGAAAGAUUCACACUGAUGCAGCAAAUUAGUUCAGUAUUUGGCUUCCUAUAUGAUGUUUACAAUUUGCAAAAUACAAAACCAAAGCAAAUUAUGGAACAUUGCUUGAAUCUGGAGCAAGCUUUGCAACAUGGUGAAUCCAAAGAUAUUGAUGCCUUUGACUUGUGCAGUGAAUUGCAAGCUAUUGCAAGACGAGUCCAAAGGAAUUCAUCACCGCAAGAUGUAUUGAACUUCAUAGGGGAAAAUAAGCUGACAGAUAGUGUCCCUAACACAGUUAUUGCUCUUUGCAGCCUCUUGACUCUCCCAGUUUCUGUGGGCAGUGGUGAGCGAAGCUUCUCAAAACUCAAGUUGAUAAAAACAUACAUGCGAACAUCAAUGUUGCAACAAAGACUUGUUGGGCUAUCUACCUUGUCAAUAGAACGUGACAUUGCUCACAGCAUUGACUUGGAGGAACUUGUUUCUAAAUUUGCUAAACUUAAAGUGCAGAAAAAUAAAUUCUAA